AUGGAAAGUCAGGGAGAGAACAUGAACAGCAAUUGCGACUUUAUGCGGUCGCCGUGUUCGGAAGAAGGGUGGUCGGGCGCGUAUUCUGUUGCACGACAAUGGGGUGCUGAGGUCAUCAUUCUUCGGAAAUUGCUGGCCAGCUCUGCGAGGGUCUUGGAUGCCCACGAUGCAGACUUCUUUGUGGUCCCAUAUCUAGCAGCGACGGAUUGCCGCCUGUCCAGUCACAUGAGCUCCCUGUGUCCUGCUUCAACAUUGAGCCUUGAGCUCUUCCAUCAUCUGACGUAUUUUGGGCCGUCAACGAGGCAUCGACAUCUUUUUCUGGGCUCUUGCCCUGUGACGAGUCUACCGAAUGUGUUGCAAGCUCAGCAUUUCCUUGUUUCCGAAGGUGCUAACUGGGGACAUCGGCCUGGGCACUUCUUAGUUCCAUCUGCCACCUCCGAGCCCAACCUGCUGCCCAAACACACCGCGACUUCGGAAGCUCAGUUGCGGCAAAGGGACAUCCUUUUUUGGCUUGCGCAGACUCCCAACAACGCGGUGAGGUAUGAAGUCCAGCGGCAGCUCAUCAAGUUUGGAAAGCUGGAGGUGGAAGGGUCAUCGAAAGCCAAGUUGACAGGGAGCAUCCAAGUUUAUGGUGACCUCGAGAGAGGUAACUCCAGCUAUGGGCGGCCUGGAAUGAAAAAGUGCAUCGCAGAAAUGCAACGUGCGGUUUUCUGCCCUGCGCUACCAGCUGAGAACACAGCGGGUCUCAUACGCUUCUUCGAUGCCCUGCGAUCAGGCUGCAUUCCUGUUGUUGUGACCUUUAAAACCGAUUGGGGCAGUGGUGUCAGUUGGUGGCGACAGAAUGGGCCACCUGUAGAGUGGAGUCUUCCGUUUGCUUGGGAGUUGAAUUGGCGACAGCUGGUGGUGGAAGUGCCUGACACCUUUCUGUCAUCCCCAGGCUUCGUUGAGACAUGCCUGCAGCUGAGUGAUGAGGAAAUCAGCAUGAAGCAGCGGCACAUAGCAAGAGUGCGAAAUCAUCUGGGUUAUGAUUUCGAAGGAGGGAGGCGAGAUGCAUUCAGUUUGCUCAUGGACGGCAUCAGAUCUGCACUUCCCAGGCUGGGUCCUCAUCCAUUCAGUGCCCAACAACAACCCCUACACACACCACCUAGUCCACAGAUCUGCGACAGAACUCCGCGAUCAGCUCAGCACAGGCUGUUGUUCCCAUUUGGAAGCGAGAUUCGGGAGAAAGCGUGGAGCCACAGUUUUGCAGAAGUAUCCUGCUUGCCGGUGCAUAUGUGGCAUCCUCCUGGCUUUUUCCUUCGUGGCCAGCAAUCGUACGUCGUCCUAGAGCACUACGUAACACUGGGAAUGCAGAAGCAGGGCCUGUAUGCUCCUGCAUUUUGGCUGCGAGCAGUGGAGGGAUACUCUGUGCCAGGGGAACAGGCGCAUAUGACCUUGUCUAAGGCUCUUAUGGCGUCGUGCAGACACAUCAACUUCCCCGUGGCUUGCCAUGAUGUUUUGGUCCAAGGCCAAGACCAUUUCGAUGUGAACUAUUGCUUUGAAGAAUCAGAUGAUUCCACGGAGACGUCUUCGACUUCGACUCAAAGCCUUGAGACAGCCUGUAGGAUAAUUCCAUGGUCCAUGCCAGCAUCGCCUGCACUUGAUCAACGGCGGUGGGAGAUCAUUACUUGGGGAUGCGGUGUGGGUGAUGAUUUUGCCAGCGUGGUCGCUGACUUGCAGAGGUCAAGCAGCUUAAAGGUCCUUGGGGACAAAGUGGCGCUGGAUGUGUUUCUCUACGACCUAUGCGGAGCUUCGGGAGCUCGUGCUACACUCCACCAUGUACAAAGCAUUCUAUGGGCGCACCAACGAGGCACGGCCAAUCACGGAACCGGCCCUGACGGCCCCAACGGCCCUGAUGGCAUCAUCGCAGUCAACGGCGACAGGUUCCAUUCGCAUACGAAGCUGGCCGAUGCAAUCCGUGCCGUGGCAGAACAUGUCUUCAAUGUCUUCGGGGCUUCUGGCACCUGGAGUCCAAAGAGUACAAGCAGCCAGAGCAUCGGCGACUCAACGGACUCACGCACGGAAAGCGAGCAGUUGCUUCAGUUGCUUCUGUUCGAGGGCCCAGUUAGAAGUCGGGCUGUUUGCAGUGGCUUUUGUGAGUCCUUCUCCUACGUCUGCCCGAUUCCGUCCAAGCCAAUGCAGCACUCAAUCGACGCCGUGGCCUUUACGACGACGGGCCUCUCACUUGACAGCUCGGAGUGGGACGUGGCGUCAACUAUGCAUCUGGGUUCUGCGGAUGACACAUUUAACCUCCUUGCAGCCCUUUUGCUCAAAGUUGUGCAAGAUGCGAACGAGUCGGACGACGUCGUCUCAUGGGACUCAGGGACCCUGGCAGAGGAUGAUGAUCUGCUGUCAUGGUGCGAGUCCGUCUUCCUCCAAAACUUUGUGGAGCUGUCUGGCGUGGCAUUGGCUGAAGGCAAUCAACAGCUGUUUAUUCAAGCACAAGCAUGCUUGCAAGCAGGUGGGGAAUAUGCUGUUGUGGAGACUGGAAUACCGCAUUGUUUGGACACGCCUCAGCAGAAUGGCUGGAGCAAGAAGGAGCACGGAAACUUACUGCAGAUGCUGGGAAAAGUUUCUGAUUCUCAGUUCAGCAUCUUUGAGGCUUUGGGUGUCUGCUUCCCGGAAGCUUGCCGGAGUCACGCGCCAUCUCUGGCUUGGCAGUACUUGUUCGAGUGGAUGGUCCAUCACUGGAACUGCGCUGCGCUGCCACCCGUGCCUCCAAGCGCUGCCUUGCGGCUGCACAUCUCAAGCAUGGAUGAGCUGGACAGGCUUCUGGGGCCGAGCGCUGCGGAUCGGUAA